AUGUUUCUGACAGGAGAGGAACAUUGUCUCUCAGAGCUGAGGAUUGUGCUUCUGGGGGGGAGAAAGAGUGGGAAGAGUUCAUCAGGAAACACCAUCCUGGGCAGAAAGGAGUUUGACACUGUGAUCAGAACUGCACAGUGUGUGAAGAGACAGGGUGAAGUAGCUGGGAGGCAGCUCACUGUGAUCGACACACCAGGCUGGUGGAUCAGUUAUUCUGCAACAAAAACUUCAGAGCUGGAUAAACAGGAGAUUGUGCGCAGUGUGUCUCUGAGUCCCCCGGGACCCUACGCUCUCUUCCUGGUCAUUAAUGUGAGCAAAUCAUUCACUGAGACACACAGGAGAUCAGUGGAGGAACACAUGGAGCUUCUCAGUGAUAGAGUGUGGAGACACACUAUACUGCUGUUCACCAGGGGAGACUUGCUGAGAGACACAACCAUUGAGCAGCACAUUGAGACUGAAGGGAAGGCCCUCCAGUGGCUUGUAGAGAAAUGUGGGAACAGGUUUCAUGUUCUCAACAAUAAGAACAAGGCUGGUGGCACUCAGGUCACAGAGCUGCUGGAGAAGGUAGAGGAGAUGGUGGCAGGAAAUGGUGGCUGUCACUAUGAAAUGGACAGAAUGCUCUUACAGAAGGUGGAAGAGAAGAGGAGGGCAGUGGAAGAAAGAGCGAGACAGAGGCUGAUGAAGGUGCAGAAACAGAGGAAGUCUCUUCGAGCACUUUUCAAAGGAGAGGAACACCGUCUCUCAGAGCUACGGAUUGUGCUGCUGGGGGGGAGAAAGAGUGGGAAGAGUUCAGCAGGAAACACCAUCCUGGGCAGAGAGGAGUUUGAGUCUGAAAUAAGAACUGCACAGUGUGUGAAGAGACAGGGUGAAGUAGCUGGGAGGCAGCUCACUGUGAUCGACACACCAGGCUGGUGGAUCAGUUUUUCUGUAACAAAAACUCCAGAGCUGGAUAAACAGGAGAUUGUGCGCAGUGUGUCUCUGUGUCCCCCAGGACCCUACGCUCUCCUCCUGGUGUUUGAUGUGAGCAAAUCAUUCACAGAGACACACAGGAGAGCAGUGGAGGAACACCUGGAGCUUCUCAGUGAGAGAGUGUGGAGACACACUAUAGUGCUGUUCACCUGGGGACACUGGCUGGGAGACACAACCAUUGAGCAGCACAUUGAGACUGAAGGGACGGCCUUCCAGUGGCUUGUAGAGAAGUGUGGGAACAGGUAUCAUGUUCUCAACAAUAAGAACAGGGCUGAUGCCACUCAGGUCACAGAGCUGCUGGAGAAGAUAGAGGAGAUGGUGGCAGGACUUGGUGGCUGUCACUAUGAAAUGGACAGAAUGCUCUUACAGAAGGUGGAAGAGAAGAGGAGGGCAGUGGAAGAAAGAGCACAACAGAGGCUGAUGAAGGUGCAGAAACAGAGGAAGUCUCUUCGAGCACUUUUCAAAGGAGAGGAACACCGUCUCUCAGAGCUAUGGAUUGUGCUGCUGGGGGGGAGAAAGAGUGGGAAGAGUUCAGCAGGAAACACCAUCCUGGGCAGAGAGGAGUUUGAGUCUGAAAUAAGAACUGCACAGUGUGUGAAGAGACAGGGUGAAGUAGCUGGGAGGCAGCUCACUGUGAUCGACACACCAGGCUGGUGGAUCAGUUUUUCUGUAACAAAAACUCCAGAGCUGGAUAAACAGGAGAUUGUGCGCAGUGUGUCUCUGUGUCCCCCAGGACCCUACGCUCUCCUCCUGGUGUUUGAUGUGAGCAAAUCAUUCACAGAGACACACAGGAGAGCAGUGGAGGAACACCUGGAGCUUCUCAGUGAGAGAGUGUGGAGACACACUAUAGUGCUGUUCACCUGGGGACACUGGCUGGGAGACACAACCAUUGAGCAGCACAUUGAGACUGAAGGGACGGCCUUCCAGUGGCUUGUAGAGAAGUGUGGGAACAGGUAUCAUGUUCUCAACAAUAAGAACAGGGCUGAUGCCACUCAGGUCACAGAGCUGCUGGAGAAGAUAGAGGAGAUGGUGGCAGGACUUGGUGGCUGUCACUAUGAAAUGGACAGAAUGCUCUUACAGAAGGUGGAAGAGAAGAGGAGGGCAGUGGAAGAAAGAGCACAACAGAGGCUGAUGAAGGUGCAGAAACAGAGGAAGUCUCUUCGAGCACUUUUCAAAGGAGAGGAACACCGUCUCUCAGAGCUACGGAUUGUGCUGCUGGGGGGGAGAAAGAGUGGGAAGAGUUCAGCAGGAAACACCAUCCUGGGCAGAGAGGAGUUUGAGUCUGAAAUAAGAACUGCACAGUGUGUGAAGAGACAGGGUGAAGUAGCUGGGAGGCAGCUCACUGUGAUCGACACACCAGGCUGGUGGAUCAGUUUUUCUGUAACAAAAACUCCAGAGCUGGAUAAACAGGAGAUUGUGCGCAGUGUGUCUCUGUGUCCCCCAGGACCCUACGCUCUCCUCCUGGUGUUUGAUGUGAGCAAAUCAUUCACAGAGACACACAGGAGAGCAGUGGAGGAACACCUGGAGCUUCUCAGUGAGAGAGUGUGGAGACACACUAUAGUGCUGUUCACCUGGGGACACUGGCUGGGAGACACAACCAUUGAGCAGCACAUUGAGACUGAAGGGACGGCCUUCCAGUGGCUUGUAGAGAAGUGUGGGAACAGGUAUCAUGUUCUCAACAAUAAGAACAGGGCUGAUGCCACUCAGGUCACAGAGCUGCUGGAGAAGAUAGAGGAGAUGGUGGCAGGACUUGGUGGCUGUCACUAUGAAAUGGACAGAAUGCUCUUACAGAAGGUGGAAGAGAAGAGGAGGGCAGUGGAAGAAAGAGCACAACAGAGGCUGAUGAAGGUGCAGAAACAGAGGAAGUCUCUUCGAGCACUUUUCAAAGGAGAGGAACACCGUCUCUCAGAGCUACGGAUUGUGCUGCUGGGGGGGAGAAAGAGUGGGAAGAGUUCAGCAGGAAACACCAUCCUGGGCAGAGAGGAGUUUGAGUCUGAAAUAAGAACUGCACAGUGUGUGAAGAGUCAGGGUGAAGUAGCUGGGAGGCAGCUCACUGUGAUCGACACACCAGGCUGGUGGACUGAUUAUUUUGUACAGGACACUCCAGAGCUGGAUAAACAGGAGAUUGUGCGCAGUGUGUCUCUGUGUCCCCCAGGACCCUACACUCUCUUUCUGGUCAUUAAUGUGAGCUCAUCAUUCACAGAGACAUGCAGGAGAUCAGUGGAGGAACACCUGGAGCUUCUCAGUGAGAGAGUGUGGAGACACACUAUAGUGCUGUUCACCAGGGGAGACUGGCUGGGAGACACAACCAUUGAGCAGCGCAUUGAGGCUGAAGGGAAGGCCCUCCAGUGGCUUGUAGAGAAAUGUGGGAACAGGUAUCAUGUUCUCAACAAUGAGAAGAGGGCUGAUGGCACUCAGGUCAGAGAGCUGCUGGAGAAGAUAGAGGAGAUGGUGGCAGGACAUGGUGGCUGUCACUAUGAAAUGGACAGAAUGCUCUUACAGGAGGUGGAAGAGAAGAGGAGGGCAGUGGAAGAAAGAGCGAAACAGAGGCUGAUGAAGGUGCAGGAACAGAGGAAGACUCUCAGAGAGCUUUUUGAAGGAGAACAGCAUCAUCUCUCAGAGCUGAGCAUCGUGCUGCUGGGGUACAGAAGUGCAGGGAAGAGUUCAGCAGGAAACACCAUCCUGAGAGGAGAGGAGUUUGAGUCUGGGAUAAGAACUGCACAGUGUGUGAAGAGACAGGGUGAAGUAGCUGGGAGGCAGCUCACUGUAAUCGACACACCAGGCUGGUGGAGGAAUUAUUCUGUGAAGGACACUCCAGAGCUGGAUAAACAGGAGAUUGUUCGCAGUGUGUCUCUGUGUCCCCCAGGACCCUACGCUCUCUUCCUGGUCAUUCGUGUGAGUGAGUCAUUCACACAGAGACACAGGAGAGCAGCGCAGGAACACCUGGAGCUUCUUGGUGAGAGAGUGUGGAGACACACUAUAGUGCUGUUCACCAGGGGAGACUUGCUGGGAGACACAAGCAUUGAGCAGCACAUUGAGGCUGAAGGGAGGGCCCUCCAGUGGCUUGUAGAGAAAUGUGGGAACAGGUAUCAUGUUCUCAACAAUGAGAAGAGGGGUGAUGGCACUCAGGUCGCUGAGCUACUGGAGAAGAUAGAAGAGAUGGUGGCAGGACAUGGUGGCUGUCACUAUGAAAUGGACAGAAUGCUCUUACAGGAGGUGGAAGAGAAGAGGAGGGCAGUGGAAGAAAGAGCGAAACAGAGGCUGAUGAAGGUGCAGAAACAGCGGAAGACUCUCAGAGAGCUUUAUAAAGGAGAGGAACACCGUCUCUCAGAGCUGAAGAUUGUGUUGCUGGGGUGGAGAAAGAGUGGGAAGAGUUCAGCAGGAAACACCAUCCUGGGCAGAGAGGAGUUUCAGUCUGGAAUAAGAACUGCACAGUGUGUGAAGAGACAGGGUGAGGUAGCUGGGAGGCAGCUCACUGUGAUCGACACACCAGGCUGGUGGUACAUGUCUGUGAAGGACACUGCAGAGUUGGAUAAGCAGGAGAUUGUGCGCAGUGUGUCUCUGUGUCCCCCAGGACCCUACGCUUUUUUCCUGGUUAUUGGUCUAAGCACAUCUUUCAGAGAGAUUGAAAGAAGAUCAAUGGAGGAACACCUGGAGCUUCUCAGUGAGAGAGUGUGGAGACACACUAUAGUGCUGUUCACCAGGGGAGACUGGCUGGGAGACACAAGCAUUGAGCAGCACAUUGAGGCUGAAGGGAAGGCCCUCCAGUGGCUUGUAGAGAAAUGUGGGAACAGGUAUCAUGUUCUCAACACUGAGAACAGGGCUGAUGGUACUCAGGUCACAGAGCUGCUGGAGAAGAUAGAGGAGAUGGUGGCAGGACAUGGUGGCUGUCACUAUGAAAUGGACAGAAAGCUCUUACAGGAGGUGGAAGAGAAGAGGAGGGCAGUGGAAGAAAGAGUGAAACAGAGGCUGAUGAAGGUGCAGAAACAGAGGAAGACUCUCAAAGCACUUUUCAAAAAGGAACACCGUCUCUCAGAGCUGAGGAUUGUGCUGCUGGGGGGGAGAUGUGCUGGGAAGAGUUCAGCAGGAAACACCAUCCUGGGCAGAGAGGAGUUUGAGCCUGGAAUACGAACUGCACAGUGUGUGAAGAGACAGGGUGAAGUAGCUGGGAGGCAGCUCACUGUGAUCGACACACCAGGCUGGUGGAGGAAUUAUUCUGCAAAGGACACUCCAGAGCUGGAUAAACAGGAGAUUGUGCGCAGUGUGUCUCUCUGUCCCCCAGAACCCUACGCUCUCUUCCUGGUGAUUAAUGUGAACUCAUCAUUCACAGAGACACACAGGAGAUCAGCGCAGGAACACCUGGAGCUUCUCAGUAAGAGAGUCUGGAGACACACUAUAGUGCUCUUCACCAAGGGAGACUGGCUGGGAGACACAAGCAUUGAGCAGCGCAUUGAGGCUGAAGGGAAGGCCCUCCAGUGGCUUGUAGAGAAAUGUGGGAACAGGUAUCAUGUUCUCAACACUGAGAACAGGGCUGAUGGCACUCAGGUCACAGAGCUGCUGGAGAAGAUAGAGGAGAUGGUGGCAGGACAUGGUGGCUGUCACUAUGAAAUGGACAGAAUGCUCUUACAGGAGGUGGAAGAGAAGAGGAGGGCAGUGGAAGAAAGAGCGAAACAGAGGCUGAUGAAGGUGCAGGAACGGAGGAAUGUUCUCAGAGCACUUUACAAAGGAGAGGAACACCAUCUCUCAGAGAUGACGAUUGUGCUGCUGGGGGGGAGAUAUGCUGGGAAGAGUUCAGCAGGAAACACCAUCCUGGGCAGAGAGGAGUUUGAGUCUGGAAUAAGAACUGAACUGUGUGUGAAGAGACAGGGUGAAGUAGCUGGGAGGCAGCUCACUGUGAUCGACACACCAGGCUGGUGGAGGAAUAAUUCUAUACUGGACAUUGAACAGCUGGAUAAACAGGAGAUUGUGCACAGUGUGUCUCUGUGUCCCCCAGGACCCUACACUCUCUUCGUGGUCAUAGAUGUGAGUUCAUCAUUCACAGAGACACACAGGAUAUCAGUGGAGGAACACCUGGAGCUUCUCAGUAAGAGAGUGUGGAGUCACACUAUAGUGCUGUUCACCAGGGGAGACUGGCUGGGAGACACAAGCAUUGAGCAGCGCAUUGAGGCUGAAGGGAAGGCCCUCCAGUGGCUUGUAGAGAAAUGUGGGAACAGGUAUCAUGUUCUCAACAAUGAGAACAGGGCUGAUGGUACUCAGGUCACAGAGCUGCUGGAGAAGAUAGAGGAGAUGGUGGCAGGACAUGGUGGCUGUCACUAUGAAAUGGACAGAAUGCUCUUACAGGAGGUGGAAGAGAAGAGGAGGGCAGUGGAAGAAAGAGCGAAACAGAGGCUGAUGAAGGUGCAGGAACGGAGGAAGACUAUCAGAUCACUUUUUAAAGAGGAACACCGUCUCUCAGAGCUGAUGAUUGUGCUGCUCGGGGGGAGAUGUGAUGGGAAGAGUUCAGCAGGAAACACCAUCCUGGGCAGAGAGGAGUUUCAGUCUGGAAUAAGAACUGCACAGUGUGUGAAGAGACAGGGUGAAGUAGCUGGGAGGCAGCUCACUGUAAUCGACACACCAGGCUGGUGGAGGAAUUCUUCAGUGAAGAACUCUUCAGAGCUAAAUAAACAGGAGAUUGUGCGCAGUGUGUCUCUGUGUCCCCCAGGACCCCAUUCUCUCCUCCUGGUCAUUAAUGUGAGCAAAUCAUUCACAGACGCAGCCAGGAGAGCAGUGGAGGAACACCUGGAGCUUCUCAGUGAGAGUGUCUGGAGACACACUAUAGUGCUGUUCACCUGGGGAGACUGGCUGGGAGACACAAGCAUUGAGCAGCACAUUGAGGCUGAAGGGAAGGCCCUCCAGUGGCUUGUAGAGAAAUGUGGGAACAGGUAUCAUGUUCUCAACACUGAGAACAGGGCUGAUGGCACUCAGGUCACAGAGCUGCUGGAGAAGAUAGAGGAGAUGGUGGCAGGACAUGGUGGCUGUCACUAUGAAAUGGACAGAAUGCUCUUACAGGAGGUGGAAGAGAAGAGGAGGGCAGUGGAAGAAAGAGCGAAACAGAGGCUGAUGAAGGUGCAGAAACAGAGGAAGACUCUCAGAUCACUUUUUAAAGAGCUGAUGAUUGUGCUGCUCGGGGGGAGAUAUGCUGGGAAGAGUUCAGCGGGAAACACCAUCCUGGGCAGAGAGGAGUUUGAGUCUGGAAUAAGAACCGCACAGUGUGUGAAGAGACAGGGUGAAGUAGCUGGGAGGCAGCUCACUGUGAUCGACACACCAGGCUGGUGGAGGAAUUCUUCAGUGAAGAACUCUUCAGAGCUAAAUAAACAGGAGAUUGUGCGCAGUGUGUCUCUGUGUCCCCCAGGACCCCAUUCUCUCCUCGUGGUCAUUAAUGUGAGCAAAUCAUUCACAGACACAACCAGGAGAUCAGUGGAGGAACACCUGGAGCUUCUCAGUGAGAGAGUGUGGAGACACACUAUAGUGCUGUUCACCAGGGGAGACUGGCUGGGAGACACAAGCAUUGAGCAGCACAUUGAGGCUGAAGGGAAGGCCCUUCAGUGGCUUGUAGAGAAAUGUGGGAACAGGUAUCAUGUUCUCAACACUGAGAAGAGGGCUGAUGGCACUCAGGUCAGAGAGCUGCUGGAGAAGAUAGAGGAGAUGGUGACCAGAAACAGAGGUGGACACUUCACUAUACAGGAGAGAGGGUUCAGUUUGACACAGUGGUUUAAGAAAAAGAAUGAAAAGAGCAUUGAGGAGGAAUGGAGCAGAAGAGAGGAGGAGCUGAUAGAGAGGAUGUCAAAGUUUGUGGUCGACUCAGAGACAGAGGGAUCCACUCUGCCAGUCAGGAAGAGGAGGAACAGCAUGGAGUAUAAUCCCCCUUCUUUGAGUGGAGGGACUCCAGCCCCCUCUGAAGCAGGCAGCUCUGUGUGGGAUGAAGAAUUGGCUCAUGAACGGGUCAGAGGGAAGGUGUCAUGGUGGCUGAGAAAGAAUCAGCCAGAGAGCUCAGUAUCAUCUGGAUAUGGAACAGGGAGCUCUGUACUGAGUGAGACAGAGACGUCUGACCAGAUGAGACCGGAAGAGAACAGUGAUGCUGACACUCUGGAGGGUGACAUAGACUAA